AUGAAAAAUUUGUUUGGUCCUAAAAUGGAACAAGAAAUUAAUCUCGAUGAACUUACCGAUAUGAAUCUUCUUCAAAAUCUGUUGGAUCAGACUGAAGAUAUUGAUGAUCGGAAAGCGAUUCGAGGACGUAUGCAAGAAUUACGUGCAAUUGAAAGAGCCAAACGAGAUGCAAAAUUGGAACGAUUAACUAAUAGCCGUGAAGAAAUGAUUCAAGAACGACAACGAAAAGCAGCUGAACAUAAGGCACGUACAUUGGCCAUGUAUGAUCAAAUGGCACGAUCAGCACCGGCCGGUGGUAAAAAAACAAUGGACAUUGGUAUCUAUACAACCGGACAAGUUACACCACCAUCAUCACCAAGUAUAAUCGACAAAGGUAUUGAGGAUGUUUUCCAACAAUGUAAACGUAGUGCCGAAGAACGAAAGAAAAAAAUUCUUGAAUCUUAUUCAAAGGCUUCACUUUCACCUGCUGGUACAACGACCAAAGAUGAUCCAGCACAACAAUUCAUUAAACAACGACAACAAGAAGCCGAACAAGAUAAAAAACGUUUAUUGAAAGCAUAUGAUUAUGUAUCAAGACAAGGUGCCGGUCCUAAACAAGUUGUACUUGAAGAAUUAAAACGAUAUGACAUUGAUCCAAAUGAAAUACAAGAAGAUCCACGUUUGAAAAAACUUGUAGGUACAACAUCAUUCAGAGAUGGUACGAGCAAAUAAUAAAAA